AUGUCGAAACCGCCGACUUUUCAAUUCGGAGGGGUGGACGAUGACGAUGGCUACUACUACACUGGACAGACCCCCUUCAGGAAACCCAACGAAUCCAAACUACGAUUCCACGCCCGACGACUCAUCUCCAUUCAGACCCUCGCCCGCCUCGAAUACAACGCCGAAGUCGCCGAAACCAAGUUCAACCGGUCCCUCGGCUCUUUCGAGCUCACCCUUGUCGGCCUUGGUGCUGUGGUCGGCACGGGCGUGUAUGUCCUACUCGGCACGGCAGCAAAGACUCAAUCGGGCCCAGCAGUGACUAUUUCGUUUAUCCUAGGAGGCAUUAUUUCAGGAAUCGCCGCUCUGUCGUACGCCGAGAUGGCGUCCAUGAUCCCUAUUUCAGGAUCUGCCUACACAUAUGCAUACGCGACACUGGGAGAGCUGGCUGCAUGGAUCAUCUCGUGGAAUCUCAUUCUGGAGUACAUGGUUGGAGCGGCGACGGUCUCGAUAGGAUGGUCAUCGUACUUUGUCGCAUUUGUAUGGGACGCGUUUGGUUACGAGAUAUCUGACACAUGGACCAGGGCCCCAAUCGAUUGGACAUCGGAGGGAUUCAGACUCACAAAAGACAAGUUCAACACUCCGGCAUUCUGUAUCGUCCUCGUCAUCACGUUUACCAUCUACUUUGGGAUCCACCUCACGGCCAAGAUCAACAAUAUCCUAGUAAUGUUCAAGAUCCUGGUGUUGGUCAUCAUGAUCUUUGCACUUAUCCCGUUCAUCAAGACCGAAAACUACCACCCGUACAUCGUCCCAAAGAACAUCACGACGGGCGACUUUGGCGUGACAGGGGUCUUACAGGGCGCUUCAACAGUCUUCUUCGCCUACAUUGGAUUCGACAGUAUCUCGACAACCGCACAAGAGGCACGGGAGCCCCAAGUCAGCUUGCCCAUUGGUAUUCUGAGCACACUCGGGAUUAGCGCCGUCAUCUAUAUCUCCCUCAGCGCGGUCAUUGUCGGCGUGGCCAAUUACGAGAGCCUGCACGAAAGGUACCCGCUGGUCGCGGUCGUCCGGCUAACUAAUAUGAAGUGGCUCAUGGUCCUGACGGAUGUGGGGGCCCUUGCAGCCACCACGUCUGUGAUUCUUGUCCUCUUGAUCGCCCAGCCUCGUGUUUUUUACUCCAUGUCCAAUGACGGCCUCAUCCCCCGCUUCUUUUCCAAAAUCCACCCCAAACACAAGAUCCCGCACCUGGGCACACUGUUUACAGGAAUCAUAUGCGCCAUUUGCGGGGGCCUUCUACCGAUCGGAGUACUGAGUGAUAUGGCAUCGUUGGGAACGAUCCUCACUUUCUUUGUCGUCAACAUUGGAGUCAUCAUCCUCCGAUAUACUCGCAAAACCGUUCCUCGCCGCUUCAAAGUCCCUGGAGGCCCAUUCCUACUCCCAGGAAUCGGUGCAGCAUCCUCGAUCCUCUUAAUCCAAGGCGCGAAACCUGAAGUGAUCGUUCGCCUCCUCGUCUGGGUCGGGAUCGGGAUCGUCAUCUACCUCUUUUAUGGACGACGGCAUUCAGAAGUCAAUAACCCACGACUGGUACAGGACGAUCCGAUGAGGGUGUUGCACGAGAAUUUUUCGGUGGAUACCGUCAACUAUAGCGGGUUCCAGGAUGAGCAUUUGAGGAGGCAUUUUGGUAGGCGGUCGCCUGUAGCGGGAGGACAUGGAGGACAGGAGAUGACGGAGAUUGGGAUUGAUCGGUUGGACGGGACCGGUGCCCGUCCAGGAGGAGGAGGAGCAGGAGGAAGUGGAGUCGAUCAUAUAUACCAGCAGCGCCUUCAACAGCUGCAGCAACAACACACACAACAGCAACAGCAACAACAAGUGUCGGAUGAGAGUGAUGGUAGUGGAGUUGGUGGUUCUGGUACUGGGUCAGGAACUGGAUCAGGAUCUGGGUCCUGGUCACGGUCACGGUCAAAGUCGUCGCGCUCGGCUUACGUCGCACGGCCCUCGGCAGCUACCAGGAAUGGAUCUGGCGACACCAAGAAGAAUAUUGAGUUGGGCGAUGGCGGCGGCGUGAAUGAGAUGGAACAACAAGGACAACUGCCUUUGGAUACCCCCCAGUCACCAUUACCACCACCGUCACCAUAA